GGCUGUGUUAAAGACGCAAGUAGCAUCAUGUUUACUCUUCCACUCCUUCUCUGUAUGCUCGCUGUAGCAAGUGUUUUUAGUUCAAAUAGUAGUGACUACGCAGAAGACCCAAAACACUACGACGAGCAGAAUUAUUCUGACAUGCAAUCUGUGAACGAGACAAUUUUCAUUCUGCAAAGAAACUACAAGAAUAACACUCCGUUUCGCUGCAUCUCUGGCACGAAAUACAGAGUAGUCGGAGAAAGCAUAACUGAAUACACGCUAAAAGCAAGAUGGCCAAAUGGGACAUACAUCAGCUACAAAGUCAACAUGACCGCUACUACAACCGGUAACCACACGUGUCCAAAUGCGGUAUUCUACCAGGAAGACCCAACUGAGGAUGCAAUGAAUCACAAGAUUGUCACCAUGGAUACCAACCACACAUGCUUUGUCGUGGUUCGAGAUAAUAAUGCUACACAACACGAGUGCUACCUUGCAGUGACGGCGAGCGCAGCAGACCGAAACGUUUCCAGUCGAUGCCAAACCGUAUACACCACUUACUGCCCUGGACCAAGUGUAAUCCUUUACAACAGUACUUGCCAGCAGGAGACCUCGUAGAUCAGCCAGCCACCAGAAAUGUGUCUAAACGUAGAAUAUACAUGUAGUAAUAAAAGUGAUUG